CGUCUUCCGCCGUCCGGGUGGUUCGCGCCGCUCCCCGCCCGGCCCGCUCCUCCGGUCCUGGUCUCGUGAGUCAGCCCCCGGCUCUGGGGUGGGAGGUCGGGGCUGCGCGGCCGGAAGGCGAGGGGCGCCGCGGCGAGGAACGGCGCUGGAUCGGGACCCGAGCCGGAGGCGCCGGAGAGAGGUCGAGGCUUUUUGCAGCCGUGGUCCCGGAAGCCGGUGCCCGCGCACGCUUUGCUUCUGAACGCCAAUUAAGGGGCUCCGAGGACCGGCUUCAAGUGCCAAAUCGACGGUCCCCGGUCCCUUUACUUCAGCGGAUCGAGGAGCCUGCCCAGGAGGCCGGUUCUGGGCGCCCGCCCGUCUCCCCCGCAGCCCGACGCAGAGCCCCUGGUGGGGGCCCCAGGCCAGGCCUGUCCCCUGGGGACUCGUCCGCUGCGCCUCCUGGACCGCGUGCACUGACCGCCCGGGUGACCCACUUAACCUCCCUGGCCUCCGUUCCCUGCCCAGUGGAAUAAUGGUCCCACCGAGAUAUCAGGGUAGCUGUGUGCAUGCGGUGCGGUGUGGCGCGUCCCAGGAACCGGAGUCCAGCUAACGUUUCCUUGUGUAGAUUUAGUGAAAUAACACCACCUUACAUAUUUAUCUUACUCAUUUCUUCUGAGACAGAGAAAUAGACACCCUGGAGGGAGCCUCCGAGGGUGAGUCCUGAACCACAGAUCCAGUUGGAGGUUGCCUUUCAAUAUAUUCGAGAUCAAGAUGAAUGCGGACUCGGAGCUUCUGUCUCUGGACGUCUGCAUGCCUGAGGCGUGUGACGAGCUGACAGUGAAAGGGGAGUCGAAAACUGGCCUCUCAGGGCACGAGUCCAGCCUGAAACGUGAUAAUUCACUGGCUAGGGAGACCUUCCGUAGACACUUCCGGCAGCUCUGCUACCAGGAGACCCCUGGACCGAGGGCGGCUCUCGUCCGACUGCAGGAGCUUUGCUACCAGUGGUUGAGACCCCACGUGAGCACCAAGGAGCAGAUUUUAGACCUGCUGGUGCUGGAGCAGUUCCUGUUCAUCCUGCCCCAGGAGCUCCAGAGUUGGGUGAGAGAGCACUGUCCAGAGAGCGGGGAAGAGGCUGUGGUUCUGCUGGAGGACCUGGAGAGGGAGCUGGAUGAGCCACAACCCAAGAUGGGAGUUCACAGGCACAGACAAGAUGCCCUGUCUAAAGAGGUUGUGCCUCUAGAACAACAGAUGUCACUGAACGUUCAGUCACAACAACAGGAGUCCCAGCUCCUGGGUGCCCCUGCGCAGGAGUUCCCUUCUAUUGGAGAAACAGAUGAAGUGACCAAGAAUGAGGACAGAGAGUUGGUGCUAAGGGAAGACUGUCUCAAGACAGCGGAGCCACAUGGGCCAACACCACAUGGGCAGACCUGUAGGGUACCACCUCAGGACCCUCAGCGUGGAAAAGCUGGUGGGCCUAAGGGUUUACUAGAGAGACAGUGUGGGCACCCCUUAGCAGAGGGGGGACAUAAGUGUGACGAAUGUGGGAGGAGCUUUGCCCAGAGCUCAGGGCUCGUCCGCCAUAGGCGGAUCCACACUGGAGAGAGGCCCUAUGUGUGCAGUGAGUGUGGGAAGACCUUCCGGUGGAGGUCUGGCCUUUUCAGUCACCGAGGCAUCCACAACACGCAGAAGCGCUACCACUGUGAGGAGUGCGGGAAGGCCUUCAGCCAGAGCUCGGGGCUGAUCCAGCACCAGCAGACCCACCGCGGGGACAAGCCCUACCAGUGCGGCCAGUGCGGGAAGGGCUACGGCCGGCGCUCCUUUCUCAUCGAGCAUCAGCGGAGCCACACGGGCGAGCGGCCGCACCUGUGCAUUGGCUGCGGGAAACGCUUCAACCGCCUCUGCAACCUCAUUCGCCACCAGAAGACCCACACGGUGGCCGAGCGUGACCAGCACUAGCAGGACACGUUCCUGUCCCCGAGUGAGUCAUGCGCACUGGGAGACGGGAAAUGC